AUGUCCGGCUAUCAUUACGAUGAAGGCUAUGCCCAGGGCGGCCACAAUGCCUAUUACCAGGACGACCAUGGCCAGGGAUAUUAUGACUACCAAGGCGGCGAUGGUUAUUACGAUCGAUCUGGCCAAUACAAUGCCGAUGGCUACCAUGAUGGUAGCUAUUACGAGGCUGGUCAGCGUGAUGGUUAUUACAAUGAUCAGUACUAUGAAAACGACCAAGCAGCACAGCAAGGUUACGGCGGCAGGGGCAGGCGCAGAGGCCACGACUCUGAAGACGAGUCGGAGACGUUCAGUGACUUUACCAUGAGGUCUGACACGGCCCGUGCUGCCGAUAUGGACUAUUAUGGCCGUGGCGAUGAGAGAUACAACAGCUACACCGACAUCCCAAUGGCCGGACGCGGAUAUGGUUACCGACCCCCUUCCUCGCAGGUAUCCUACGGGGCAAACCGUUCUUCUGGAGCGUCAACCCCAGUCUACGGCAUGGACUAUGGCAGCGGUUUACCUGCUGGACAGCGUUCUAGGGAGCCUUAUCCUGCGUGGACGUCCGAUGCCCAGAUCCCGCUUUCCAAAGAAGAGAUCGAGGACAUUUUCAUCGAUCUCGUUAAUAAGUUCGGUUUCCAGCGGGAUAGCAUGCGCAAUAUGUACGAUCACAUGAUGACCUUGCUUGACUCGCGUGCCUCUCGUAUGACGCCUAAUCAAGCUCUGUUGUCCCUGCAUGCUGAUUACAUCGGCGGGGACAAUGCUAACUAUAGGCGGUGGUACUUCGCUGCCCAUCUUGACCUUGAUGAUGCAGUUGGUUUUGCGAAUAUGAAACUGGGCAAGGCCGAUCGCAAAACCCGUAAAGCUCGUAAGAAGGCUGCCAAAGCUCGGGCUGCUCAGAACGCAGAGAACCAGGCGGAGAUUGACGAGACGCUCGAAGCAUUGGAAGGCGACGACAGCUUGGAAGCCGCGGAAUACAGAUGGAAGACACGCAUGAACCGGAUGUCGCAACAUGACAGGGCGCGACAGAUUGCCCUAUAUUUGCUGUGCUGGGGCGAAGCCAACCUAGUCCGGUAUCUUCCUGAGUGUCUCUGCUUCAUUUUCAAAUGUGCGGAUGAUUAUUACAAUUCCCCCGAAUGCCAAAACCGCGUUGAGCCCGUCGAGGAAUUUACCUACCUCAACGAAGUUAUCACGCCACUGUAUCAAUUCUGCCGUGAUCAGGGAUAUGAGAUUCUCGAUGGCAAGUAUGUUCGUCGCGAGCGCGAUCAUAACCAGAUCAUCGGUUAUGAUGAUAUGAACCAGCUUUUCUGGUAUCCGGAAGGUAUUGAACGGAUCAUUUUAGAAGACAAAACCCGCCUAGUUGACAUUCCUACCACUGAGAGAUGGACGAAACUGAAGGAGGUGAACUGGAAGAAGGUUUUCUUCAAGACCUACAAGGAAACGCGCUCCUGGUUCCACCUGAUUACUAAUUUCAACCGUAUCUGGGUCAUCCAUCUCGGCGCCUUCUGGUUCUUCACUGCCUACAAUGCUCCUACCUUGUACACCAAGCACUAUGAACAACAGGCCAACAACAAGCCUCCUGGGGCCUAUGCUUGGGCCGCUGUUGGCUUUGGUGGUGCUCUCUGCGGACUGAUCCAGAUCCUGGCAACAUUUGCUGAAUGGCUCUAUGUGCCCCGGAGAUGGGCUGGUGCACAGCACCUGACCAAACGUCUUAUGUUCCUCAUUGUUGUCUUUGCUGUGAAUCUCGCGCCAGGUGUAUAUGUGUUCGCUGCUCCAGAUCCUCACAGUGGUGCUCCUCUGGCUGUUGGUAUUGUGCAGUUUUUUAUUGCUCUAGCAACAUUCAUUUUCUUCGCCAUCAUGCCCCUGGGUGGGUUGUUUGGCAGCUAUAUGAAUACAAAAACUCGCAAAUAUGUGGCCAGUCAGACAUUUACAGCCAGCUUUGCGCGCCUGGGAGGGAAUGACAUGUGGAUGUCUUACGGCCUUUGGGUUGUCGUUUUUGGUGCAAAAUUGGUCGAGUCGUAUUUCUUCUUGACGCUUUCCUUGAAAGAUCCGAUUCGAAUUCUUUCACCGAUGCAUAUCCACUACUGCGCUGGCGUCACAUACAUCCCGAACAAGCUAUGCCAUGCUCAGCCUCAAAUCUUGCUUGGUCUCAUGGUCUUCAUGGACUUGACACUUUUCUUCCUUGACAGUUACCUUUGGUAUGUUAUCUGUAACACGGUUUUCUCAGUUGCAAGGUCGUUCUAUCUCGGUGUGUCUAUUUGGUCGCCUUGGAGAAAUAUUUUCUCUCGACUCCCCAAGCGUAUCUAUUCGAAGGUCCUCGCGACUACCGACAUGGAAAUUAAAUAUAAGCCGAAGGUUUUGAUCUCACAGGUUUGGAAUGCUGUCAUCAUUUCCAUGUACCGUGAACAUCUGCUGGCCAUUGACCAUGUCCAGAAGUUGCUCUACCAUCAGGUACCAUCUGAGCAAGAAGGCAAGCGGACCCUCCGUGCACCGACCUUCUUCGUAUCCCAGGAGGAUCUGUCAUUCAACACGGAAUUCUUCCCGCCUGGAAGCGAAGCGGAGCGUCGUAUUUCCUUCUUCGCCCAGUCUCUCUCAACACCUAUGCCGGAGCCGCUGCCCGUUGAUAAUAUGCCAACCUUCACGGUCAUGAUCCCGCAUUAUGGUGAGAAGAUUCUACUUUCGCUUCGUGAAAUUAUUAGGGAAGAUGAACCAUACUCCCGUGUCACACUACUGGAAUACCUCAAGCAACUCCAUCCCCACGAGUGGGACUGUUUCGUUAAGGACACAAAGAUUUUGGCGGAUGAGACUUCUCAGUUCAGCGGUGACUACGAGAAAACAGAGAAAGACGCCGCGAAGAACAAGAUCGAUGAUCUCCCGUUUUACUGCAUCGGGUUCAAAUCAGCUGCUCCCGAGUAUACUCUCCGCACCCGUAUUUGGGCCUCGUUGCGCUCCCAGACCCUUUACAGAACCGUUUCGGGUUUCAUGAAUUAUAGCCGUGCGAUCAAACUGCUGUAUCGUGUGGAGAACCCAGAAGUGGUUCAAAUGUUCGGUGGUAACUCGGAAAAGCUUGAACGGGAGCUUGAGAGGAUGGCACGCCGCAAGUUCAAGAUCUGCGUUGCAAUGCAGCGUUAUGCCAAAUUUAACAAGGAGGAACGUGAGAACACUGAGUUCUUACUCCGUGCCUACCCCGAUCUACAAAUUGCAUACCUGGAUGAGGAGCCACCGGAGAAUGAGGGUGAGGAGCCUCGCUUGUACUCUUCCUUGAUCGAUGGACAUUGUGAGAUCCUCGAAAAUCAAAUGCGUAAACCGAAGUUCCGGAUCCAGCUGUCAGGCAACCCUAUUCUCGGAGAUGGAAAGGCCGAUAACCAGAACCAUUCCAUCAUUUUCUACCGAGGCGAGUACAUUCAACUUAUCGACGCUAACCAGGACAACUAUCUUGAAGAAUGUUUGAAGAUCCGCAGUGCCCUCGCUGAGUUCGAAGAACUCACAACAGACAAUGUGUCCCCUUACACUCCUGGCGUGCCUUCGAAGAACACCAAUCCUGUCGCUAUCCUUGGUGCGCGUGAAUAUAUUUUCUCUGAAAAUAUUGGUGUCUUGGGUGAUGUUGCUGCCGCAAAGGAACAGACUUUCGGUACUUUGUUUGCGCGAACCCUCGCCGAAAUAGGCGGUAAGCUGCAUUAUGGUCACCCUGACUUCCUGAACGGAAUAUACAUGACCACACGUGGCGGAGUUUCUAAAGGCCAGAAGGGCCUGCAUCUUAACGAGGAUAUUUAUGCUGGUAUGAAUGCUUUGCUUCGUGGUGGUCGCAUCAAGCACUGCGAGUACAUCCAGUGCGGUAAGGGUCGUGAUCUUGGUUUCGGCUCGAUUCUGAACUUCACGACAAAGAUCGGUACUGGUAUGGGUGAACAAUUCCUGUCCAGAGAGUACUACUACCUUGGUACACAACUGCCUCUCGAUCGGUUCCUGUCAUUCUACUAUGCACACCCUGGUUUCCACAUCAACAACAUGUUCAUCAUGCUUUCUGUCCAGAUGUUCAUGAUUGUGUUGAUCAAUUUGGGAGCUUUGAGGCACGAGACGAUUAUCUGUCACUUUGACUCCAAGAAGCCCAUCACCGAUCCCCUCAUGCCGACUUACUGCGCUAACCUCGUUCCGAUUACUAACUGGGUCAACCGAUGUGUCAUUUCCAUCUUCAUUGUCUUCUUCAUUUCGCUGGUGCCUCUGGGAGUUCAGGAAUUGACUGAGAAGGGAGUUUGGCGGAUGACAACCCGUCUCGCAAAGCAGUUUGGUUCUCUCUCGUUUAUGUUUGAAGUCUUCGUCUGUCAGAUCUACGCCAAUGCCGUCCAUCAGAAUCUUUCUUUCGGUGGUGCUCGUUAUAUCGGUACUGGACGUGGUUUCGCCACCGCUCGAAUUCCUUUCGGUGUUCUGUAUUCGCGUUUUGCAGGUCCGUCAAUCUACGUCGGGGCUCGAUCUCUUCUCAUGCUGCUCUUCGCAACGUCGACUACUUGGACACCAGCGCUCAUUUGGUUCUGGGUUUCGCUGUUUGCGAUGACUAUUUCCCCGUUCGUCUUCAACCCGCAUCAAUUUGCGUGGUACGACUUCUUCAUCGACUACCGUGAUUAUCUACGCUGGCUGUCUCGUGGCAAUUCCCGUUCUCAUGCUUCCUCUUGGAUUGCUUACUGCCGCCUCUCUCGAACACGUCUUACAGGCUAUAAGCGGAAGCUUCUUGGCAGCCCCUCUGAGAAGAACGCCGGCGACAUUCCUAGGGCUCAUUUUACAAAUAUUUUCUUCAGCGAGAUUGUCGGUCCUCUAGUGUUGGUUGGGGUUUCCCUGGUUCCAUACCUGUAUAUCAACUCUAGGACUGGCGCGCAAACGGACAAGGAAAAGACAUACAAUGCUCUCAUCCGCUUAGCUAUCGUUGCUCUGGGCCCUAUAGUCAUCAAUGCAGGUAUUGCUUGGGUUUUCUUUGGCAUGGCAUGCUGCAUGGGUCCCCUUUUCAGCAUGUGCUGUAAGAAAUUUGGUGCAGUACUUGCUGCCAUCGCCCAUGCAAUUGCUGUCAUAGUACUGCUGGCCCUAUUCGAAGUCAUGUUCUUCCUGGAGUCCUGGUCUUGGCCACGAUGCGUCUUGGGUAUGAUUGCUGCAGCUGCCGUUCAGCGCUUCAUCUAUAAGCUUAUUAUCUCCACUUGCUUGACCCGAGAGUUCAAGAGCGACCAGUCCAACAUCGCUUGGUGGACUGGCAAGUGGUAUAGCUUGGGCUGGCAUACCCUUUCACAGCCCGGACGUGAGUUCCUCUGCAAGAUUACGGAAUUGGGUUACUUCUCAGGAGACUUCGUCUUGGGCCAUUUGAUUCUAUUCUGCAUGCUACCAGCACUAUGCGUUCCUUACGCCGACAAGAUCCAUUCGGUGAUUCUUUUCUGGCUGCGGCCGAGUCGACAAAUCCGUCCUCCGAUUUACUCUCUGAAGCAAUCCAAGCUCCGUAAGCGUAGAGUCAUUCGCUACUCAAUCCUCUACUUUACGUUGCUUGUUGUGUUUAUUGCACUUAUCGUUGCCCCGCUGGUUAUUCGCCGUCUGAACUUGGACAUUGAGUUCACUACAAUGGAUCUCAGGCAACCGCUUGAUUCGAAUAAUAAUGAUACCGCACCAACGUUAACUGGCAGUCAUCUUCCGCAUGGGUACCACGCGGGCAGUCCUAUCCCAGGCUCGGAGGAGACUACAGUAGGCGGAGGAGGGGCAACGGCGACGGCUACGUCCUAA